ACACACAAACGCAAAUGCACCGUGAAUAGGCAGCAAAGAGGAAAAUCGGUUCUCUUUUCAAUUCAACACUUGUUCAAUUUCAUUGCGUUUGCGAUUCUUUUUUACAUCAAUUAAACAAAAAUACAACGCAUCCAAACUGAAUUAGUUAACAACUGUGAUCGCCAACAUCUAAAGUAACAACAACACACAAGUAUAAUGCGCAAAGAAUUGCCAAAUUUGUAAUUUUUUCAAACCACAAAAAUUGCAACAAAGCAGACGGCAAAAAGGAGAAGAAGAAGCAGACUAAAGCGGCCGCUCCAACUAACCAACAAGCUUCGCGUCAUUUCAAAAAAAGCUGCUUUAAAAUUUGCCCAAAAAUCAACGCAUAAAUAAAAGAAAACCUGCCCGGCAGCCAACGAGCCAGCUAAAUUCGUCAGACUCCAAAAAAGAAAAUCAACCUGAAAUAUAAAACACAUAAGCAAUAUUAUUGUGCAUUACAAAGGGCCAAACAGGCUUUUGCUAAAGGAACAUUUAAGAAAUUCAACUCAGGCAGAGAGUUAAUUUCUGAAUCUCACGCUCACGCUCAUUUUGGGGAACUCUGACUCAGGCAACCACAAACUACAAACGCUCUUGUCAACAACAAUCCAGCAAUGGUCAUGGAUGCGACUCAAUCGCAACAGCCUUCGCCGCAGUCGGUGGGACGCGAAUUUGUGCGUCAGUAUUACACGCUGUUGAACAAGGCGCCCAAUCACUUGCAUCGCUUCUACAACAACAACUCAUCGUUCAUCCACGGCGAGUCGACGCUGGUUGUGGGACAGCGCGAGAUCCACAAUCGCAUCCAGCAGCUGAACUUUAACGAUUGCCAUGCCAAGAUCAGUCAGGUCGAUGCUCAGGCCACCCUUGGCAAUGGUGUUGUUGUCCAGGUCACCGGCGAGCUGUCCAACGAUGGCCAACCGAUGCGUCGCUUCACCCAAACGUUUGUGCUGGCCGCUCAGUCGCCCAAGAAGUACUAUGUCCACAACGACAUCUUUCGCUAUCAGGAUCUGUACAUCGAGGACGAGCAGGAUGGCGAGUCGCGGUCGGAGAACGACGAGGAGCACGAUGUCCAAGUGCAGGUGGUUGAUCAAGCCGUCCAGGUUGUAGGCGAUGGCGUCGCUCAGCAGCCACCACAGCAGCAACAGCAGCAGAUGCCCACCCAGGUGGUGUUGCCACAGCCCGUGGUCUCAGUGGCUGCCACAGCGGCUGGCGCAGGCGCUGCUUCGGCCGCUGCUCCUCAGCAGCAGCAGCAGCAGAUCUAUUAUCCAGUCCAGGCUGGUACCGCAGCUGGACGUCCAGUUGCCGUGCUGCCCGCUGCUCCACAGGCUGCCGCUGUGCCACUGCCGGCGCAGUUCUCCAAUCCACCACCACCAAUUCAGAAUGGCGUUGUCUCCCACGAUGAGUUGCCCCAACAGCAGCAGCAGCAGGCGCCACCACAAGCCCUGGUCCAGGCGAACGUGUCGCCAUUGGUGCAACAGCAGCCCAGUGGCCCCGUCAUGUCCAAUGUGGGCAUUGUGCAGCCCGUGCCGGUGCAAGCCGCUGCCGCCUUCCAGCACUCGCCUCUGGUGGCACAACCGCCGCCACAGUUGCUGCCACAGCAGCAGCAUCAACAACAGCAGCAGCAGGCAACUCAGGCUCUGCAGCAGCCCUUGGAGCAAGAGGAGCAAAUCAAUGAGGCGCCCAGCAGCCACUUGCAGCAGCAGCAGCAACAACAGCAGCAGCAGAAGGCACCGACACCUGUGGACGAUUUCAAGACCAUCCACGAGCAGCAGCAGCAGGAGAAGUACGAGGCGGCGAAGCAGCAGCAGAAUGAGCCCAAAACCUAUGCCAAUCUGUUCAAGUCGACGUCGUCGUCGCCCAGCGGCUUUGUGAACGCAGCGCUGCAGCAGCAACAGCAGUUGCAACAACAGCAGCAGCAGCAACAACAGAAUCACAGCAAUGUAUAUUCCUCGUCUGCGGCUGGCGGUGGCGGUGGACAGGCCAGCUACUCGACCACGGCGUCCUCCUCCUACAACAACAACAACAACAACAAUAGCAACAACACCAACAACAACAGCAGCAGCCAGAACAACAACGGCAACAACUCGCGUCUGGACAACGGCGGUCCGCUGCCACAGCGCAACAACUCGAUUCGCAACAAGGAGUUUGAGCAGCGCCGUCCCAGCAACGCUCAACAGUUUGGCGACAACCAGCAGCUGUUCCUGGGCAAUAUUCCACACCAUGCUUCCGAGGAGGAGCUGCGUCAGCUGUUCUCUCGCUUUGGCUCCGUGAUUGAGCUGCGCAUUCUCUCCAAGGUUGGCAGCAAAGUGUUACCCGGCAUGCGCAGCCCUCUCAACUAUGGCUUCAUCACCUACGACGAUCCCGAGGCAGUGCAAAAGUGCCUGGCCAGUUGCCCCCUGUACUUCCCGGAGAACUCGCCCGAUGGCCAGAAGUUGAAUGUGGAGGAGAAGAAGCCGCGCUUGCGCAACGAUCUGCCACCGCGCCAGCCAAUGGGUGGCAACAACAUGAACAACAUGGGACGCAACAACAUGCGCACCGGCGGCGGCAACAAUGGACCACGCAUGGGCGGCAAUGGAGGAGGCGGUGCCAGCUUUGGCCAGCGCAACGACAACCGCAGCGGCGGUGGCGGCAAUCAGUCCAAUGGACCGCUGCGCGGCAAUGGACAAACCAGCGGCGGUGGUGGCGGUAACUAUGGACGUCGUUAAGCUAAGUAAAGCAAAGGAAAGGAAAGGAGCAGGCAGGCCUGACUGACACAAACCGAGAGAGAGAGAGCGCCAGAGCCUCGCCGCCACAGCAGCAACAUAACAAUAACAUCAGCAGCAGCAGCAGCAGCAGCAACUACAAACAACAACAACAACCCAACGUUCAGAGCAUCGAUUUCUUCCAUAAUGCAAUCAAUCAAUUACCAUCUUCAUUACAAAUACAGACACCACACACACACACAUACGCACUGCAUAUACAUAUAUAUAUUCACCUACAUACGCACACACACUAAGAACAAGCGAGCAGAGAAGCAGCAACCAAAAGUCUAGGAGCAUCAGCAACACACACAUUCAACACAACCCACAAAAUGUCUUCAUGUUUGAUGAACGUUCCUUAAUUUGGAGGCCACACACACGUCGUGCUGCAAUCUAAAAAGAUAACGAAACUUUAUAUAUAUAUAGUAUAUAUACAUAUAUAUGAUAUGCCUUUUGGGUCGUCCUUUAGUUAAGCUCGGUUUUUUUGUUGUGCAGUUUGUUUUAGGUGUUUUCUAUUGUGUUCUUCAUUUUACAGUCAGCUCGUGCCAAAAAGCAAAAUUCUGUGCAAAUUUUCAAUGUAUAUUUAAUUAGAGAAUACUGCAGCACGUCGACCUCUUCUCCCUCAAAGAAAAAACAAAAACAUUAAUUAAAGUAUAAUAAAAGUUAAAGUUCAGGCAACAGCAACAACAACACGAACACGCGUCUAUUAUAAGUCUCAAACAUGCAGCCCACCAUCUCACACACACACAUGCAAAGUCAUCCUCAGACACACUCACACACACACAUCCCCAGCAUACACUCACACACACACACCACAGAACUUAGUGUAAAAUGUAAACAUUAAUUUCAACUGUCGUUUAACAAAUAAUUUUCAAAAUUUUAAUUUUAAGUUCUCGAGAAAAAAGAAAAGAAGAAAAACAAUGAGAGUAAUGCAAAUGCGAAUGUUUUUUGUUUGUUUUAAUUUAAUUACACAUUUACUUAAGCACUUAAUGAAUAAACAAAAAAUACAAUUAAAAGCGAAUCAUUAAAUUAAAGUUAAAAAAGAAAACUUAGCUAAAAACUAAACAAGAAAAAUGAAAACCAUACAAAAAAAAAGAAGAAAAUACUUUUUUUAAAAAAACGCAAUAAAAAAAGCAAAACAAAGACUUAAAACAGUAAUUUAAAACGAAAACAAAAAAAAAAUAAGAGAAUGAAUGAGAAUGAAAGUGAAGAGAAAAUAUGUAAAAGCGAUUAAAUGAAAAUGAAAAUAAUGAAAAGAAAGAAACUAAAAUAUCUAUGUAGCAGAAGACCUCAACAAAAAAACCACAACAACAACAAGAACAAUUUUUAGUUUAAACAGCCAAAACGCAGCGCAGCAACGUCGUCGUCAGCGUCGUCGCAUUUUCACGCUUUCCUUCCCCGCAAACCACCCUCCUCCUCCUCUAUCAGCAACCCUUCUCCAUAACCAACCCUUUAAAUAAUGUCCGUUAAGUUGAUUUAUAGCCAGCACACAUAAUGAAUAAUAAUGAUAAACAAGUAAAAUACAA